AAUUAAUGUAUGAGGAAAAUAAGCGCAUCACGUGUAUCAGGCAUCUAUUUGCAUUUGCGAAACCGAACCUACUGUGGUUGCAUGAACUCUUUCACGGAAAAAAAUGAUCAUAUUGGUAACCUGUUCAAUCACACUCAAAAUUAUAUUUCAAAUAGCUUAAAAAUAUUUUAAUUCCAAGAUAAUUAAUUUUUUGUGAAUUUUUUACUGUCCAAAUUUUGCUCCAAAUAAUAACCAAAAAAGCGGAAAAACAUAUUUUAAAAUCAAAUUUUUUUCGAAAACGGCUUUUGGGUAACUCCAAUCAACGUUUUUAGUACAGGAAUAAAUAGUAACUCCAGAAAGUUAUUAUCAUGGCCUUCUACACCACUCGCGUAGACGAUAAUGGCAAUGAAAUUGAACGCCGCCAUUCGGCGCGUAGCUUAGCAAUUUCAUUAAGCGCCAGCACUACAAGUACCAAUACCUCUCGUAUUAACCUGAGCUCACGAAGUUGUGAAACAAACGGAAGCGUAAGAACAUUUUUUAUUGGUCCCUUUAGGUAUAUCAAUCCUGCUGCUUUCAUUGAGAAAACACCUGAUCAAAGCGAGACAAGUAGUAUGAAUGAAGAGAAUAAAACGCAACCACCAUCGGAGAAUCAAAGCGACAUUGUUCCACCUUUAGAUUUACAAUCGGAAGAUAAUUACCCUACUACACGUGAUUACACCUUUUCGUAUCGUAAACACUGCGAGGCGUCUAAAAUUGUUUUGAAACCUGACUUGGCUUAUGAGACUUGGCUAUCUGCCAAAAGAAAACUUUUAUCUGAUGAAGCUGCGCGUCGGCGGAAGUCUGAAGAACAGAAGCGUAAGGAACAAGAAACUAGAAAGCGUCUUGCAGAAGAAAAGUUUCAACAAUGGUUGAAAACAAAAUCACGUCAAACUGUCUCGCGCGAGAAAAUUAAACUCCAAAUCGAUCAGGAAGAAAAACCACCCAAGACCCAAAUUAGGGAAGAAGAGGUGCAGGCUAAGCUAGAAGCUUGGGAGCAGGCUAAGCAGCUGGAGGAGGAGUGCCGUCGUGCUCUGAAGAGGCAAGAAGAUGAACGUCGUCGUCUUAUGGAAGAACAGCGGCGGCAAAUGGCCGCCGAGGCCUGGAAAAAAUGGCUUGCUGAGGUAGAUAAAAAACCACGACCGGUUCCAUUGAACCGGGGAAUAUUCACAUUGCGUGGUACUAUUUCCGACAUUUUUGUUAAUCCGAACGAGUGGCGAAGCACAAUCCCAAUAGACAAAGACUGAUAUACUGCAUUUAAA